AGCGCCAGCUAGGCGGAAGAUGGGAGCUGUCGCCGUCUCUGACAUUUAAAAACACACCGUAAGACCAUGGCAACAAUUGAGCGACUUGUGUCAACGGCUUACUUAUGUUUCGUGUUAAACAGUUAUGUCCUUCGCUGUAGUUGGGCUGCUUAUGCUCCGCUAUCUCCCCCCCGGAUCACUUCUCAAAGCAAUAAAGAUAUGUAAACGGUGUUAUCUACACAAUAUCACCGAAUGCACUGUUUGUUUGACGGCGUCCUUAACGUGUCCGAUGCCGACGAGGCUGCAAUAAAACGUAAGUUGUGCAACCUUUGAAACGACCCUCAGCUAGUUUUAUGUUGAGAUGGCGCCACCUUCUGGGGGUCGUGUGCAUAGCAGCGUAUCUAUCAUCUACGGUGAUUUUUUUUAGGUCACGUGACGAGCUCCGGGGCCUCGAGGGUCGUUGUCCCUGCUGGAAAACCAGCAGGGACACCAGUCUUUGCUGAUUACCUUGAUCAGGUGUGUCAGUUGGCUUUUUCAGCUUGUCAUUGACUGAACACACCUGGUCACGGUAAUCGUUAGGAGCUGACGCAGGGAGAGGAGGAAAACCAGCAGGACAACAGGCCCUCGAUGGAAUCAGUUUGACGUCCCUGCUUUAGAUGAAGAUUGAAUUGAACAGUGGCUCAUCCAAGCAGGAAGAGGCCUGUGAUAUGUAUGUGAGGGCAGCCAACAUGUACAAAAUGGCAAAAAAUUGGUGUGCUGCAGGAAAUGCAUUCUCCCAGGCUGCUCGUCUACAUCUGCAGAUGCAGAGCAAACACGAUGCAGCCACUAACUUCAUAGAUGCUGGAAAUGCUUUCAAAAAAGCGGAUCCACAAGAGGCCAUAAACUGCUUAAACCGAGCUAUUGAGAUAUACACAGAUAUGGGGCGCUUCACCAUUGCAGCAAAACAUCACAUCACCAUUGCUGAAAUAUAUGAGACAGAGCUGGUUGACAUCGACAAGGCCAUUGCUCAUUAUGAACAGGCAGCAGAUUAUUACAAAGGGGAAGAAUCCACCAGUUCAGCAAACAAGUGCCUUCUGAAAGUAGCAACCUAUGCUGCUCAGCUGGAGCAGUACCCAAAAGCUAUCGAGAUCUAUGAACAGGUUGGAACCCAUGCGAUGGACAGCACGCUCCUCAAAUACAGUGCCAAGGACCAUUUCUUCAAGGCCGCACUCUGUCACUUCUGUGUAGACAUGCUAAACGCAAAGCUUGCAGUACAGAAAUAUGAAGAAAUGUUUCCAGCAUUUUCAGACUCCAGAGAAUGCAAACUGUUGAAGAAACUUCUAGAUGCCUCUGAAGAACAGAACGUCGAUGCCUAUACUGAUUCUGUGAAGGAAUACGACACCAUUUCUCGGUUGGACCAGUGGCUGACCACCAUGCUUCUCCGCAUCAAGAAAACCAUACAAGACGAAGAGGGCGACGACCUUCGCUGACUUUCCUCUCUGCUCUUCUUAAGCCCUCAGCAACCGACUUUUACGCUUCAUUUAGCCUUGAGUCUCUCUCCUUUUUUUACCUUCAUCCCUUAUGUCAAACAUACUGCUUUACUUCCAACCAUCGCAGUAUUCUUCUCUUGCCCUUUUAACCCACUCCAAGCAAUGCUUCAGAAAACUGUGCUUAUCCUGUAGGCAACACUAUUCUCCUGAGUGCUCACUGCACACAGUUUAGUUGUUUAUUGAAAUGAAGCAGGGGUUGACCCAUCAUUACAAUAUUCAGAAUUGGGCUGCUAUAUUGAAAAGUCAUACCAGCACAAAUUUAUUUUUUGAUAUAAGAUUAAAUUUUACUAAUAUUUCUAUCUACCAAGAGUUUGAUUUGCAAGAUGUACUUUGGAGUGAACUAAAACCAAAAUGUCCAUAUUCACUAAACACUUGUGUUGGUAUUUGUUGCGUUUGGUUCGAGAAUACUAAAGGUCAUAUCAGGGCGUUUCAUCUCAGCUGCAGAGAGAGAGUUUGAAAAGUUACAGCAAAUACCCCGUCUGCCUUAUAGUGUGCAGUUCUCAGGGUGCGAACACCAGCCUGAUGAAAACUGACAUGCUUUUACAUGCGAUACGAAGUAAUUUGCUAAUUGAUUUUUGUCACAUCUAUUCAAAGCAUUUUAUUUCAGAGACAAGGAUAAAGAAGCUCAGCGCGUUUUGGUGAAACUAGAGCAGCACUUUUUCCUUGUAUAGGUUAUUUUAACAUGUUUCGUUUUCCUGUUGUACUUUACCAGGCUGAAAACCUGCAUUUUAAAGCCUGCAUGAUGCAAUACAUUAAAGAAAAAGAAGCUUUACAGAUCUCAACACUGUGCUGAUGUAUCCUGAUCAUUUUGUCCAUAUAGUCCUAUGAAUCUUAAAAAUAUUUGUAAUUAGUCAUGUCAUAUGUUUGAAUAAACGUGUUGCAGUACAGAAA